AUGAGUUCAGUUUCUACCCUCUGCAAGGAACUUCAAGAAAAGCUCGAGGAGUACCGCAUCCAACGUGCCUUUUCGCCGGCUACAUGGAUUGAGAACAAAUGUACAAAGCUUAAUGAAUAUAUGGCGAAGAGCGGCCUCAAGGUGUGCGUUACGAGCGUCUCGGGUGGGAUUGAUUCGGCGGUCGUCCUGGCGUUGUGCGCACACGCUCAGCGCAUGCCCAACAGCCCCAUUGUGAAGAAUGUCGGUUUGUGCCAGCCAAUCUGCAGUAGCGCAUGGGCACUUGAGCGGGGACGGGAGAACAUACAGUCCUGCGGUGCGGAGAAUCUUGUCAUUGACCAGACGGCACUCCACCAGCAGUUGUCGAAGACCGUCGAGGCAGCUGUGCGUAUUGAAGGGAAGGACUUCGCACGUGGGCAGCUGCGCAGCUACAUGCGCACCCCCGCAGCGUACUAUGUGGCGCAGCUGUAUGGGCAGGAAGGCACCCCUGCCAUCGUGAUGGGCACGGGAAACAUGGACGAAGACGGCUACUUGGGCUACUUCUGCAAGGCAGGUGACGGCGUCGUGGAUGUGCAGCUAAUUUCGGACCUCCACAAAAGUGAGGUCUUCAAGGUGGCAAGAGAGCUUGGCGUUCCAGCGAACACCAUUCAAGCGCCACCUUCUGCAGACUUGUGGCACGGGCAAACCGACGAGGAGGAGCUUGGCUUUCCGUACGCUUUUGUUGAGCUCUUUACUGGAUGGUUCGCUCACCUUGGAGAGGGUGAGCAGCGUGCGUUCGAGCAAUCCCUCUCAUCGGCGGCGCGUGAGCAGUUUAAAACCUUUAGGGCCGCGUGCGAGAAUGUACAUCGCCGCAAUGCCCAUAAACUCAAAGGCGUCAUCAAUCUAUAG